CUAGGCUUAGAGCCAGGCUGUUGCUGAGAGCUCUGAGAGGAGCUAGAAGAGGGAGAAGCAGCCAGAAGCAGACAAGAGUUGGAGGCAGACCAGGAGCCCGAACCCGAGUUAGAGUCGAAGGUGUUUUUACUAAGGAGCAGAAACUAAAGAAGUUGAAAAGAUGAUGGUUAUCUUGGGACUGCUCACCUCCUUCCUUUCCUUCCUGUAUGUGAUAGCUCCAUCCAUCAGGAAGUUCUUCGCUGGUGGGGUUUGUAGAACAGACGUGCAGCUUCCUGGGAAGAUAGUGGUGAUCACUGGCGCCAACACUGGCAUCGGCAAGGAGACGGCCAGAGAGCUCGCUCGCAGAGGAGCCCGAGUAUACAUUGCCUGCCGAGAUGUACUCAAGGGGGAGUCUGCUGCCAGUGAAAUCCGAGCCGAUACAAAGAACUCCCAGGUGCUGGUGCGGAAACUGGACCUAUCGGAUACCAAAUCCAUCAGAGCCUUUGCUGAGGGCUUUCUGGCAGAGGAAAAGCAGCUCCAUAUUCUGAUCAACAAUGCAGGAGUGAUGAUGUGUCCAUAUUCCAAGACAGCUGAUGGCUUUGAAACCCACCUGGGAGUCAACCACCUGGGCCACUUCCUUCUCACCCACUUGCUCCUGGAGCGGCUGAAGGAGUCUGCUCCUGCACGGGUGGUGAACCUGUCAUCAGUGGUCCACAUUGCUGGCAAGAUUCGCUUCCACGACCUCCAGGGUGAGAAGCGCUACAGCCGCGGUUUUGCUUAUUGUCACAGCAAGCUGGCCAAUGUGCUUUUUACUCGUGAGCUGGCCAAAAAGCUCCAAGGCACAGGGGUCACCACCUACUCGGUGCACCCGGGCAUCGUCCGCUCCGAGCUGGUCCGCCACUCCUUCCUGAUGUGCCUGCUCUGGCGGCUCUUCUCCCCCUUCCUCAAGUCAGCACGGGAGGGGGCGCAGACCAGCCUGCACUGUGCCCUGGCUGAGGGCCUGGAGCCCCUGAGUGGCAAGUACUUCAGUGACUGCAAGAGGGCCUGGGUGUCUCCAAGGGCCCGAAAUAACAAAACUGCUGAGCGUCUGUGGGCCGUCAGCUGUGAGCUUCUAGGAAUUCAAUGGAAGUAGAGCUGGUAGAAGAGCCACGGCUUUAUCAGGUCUGGCCCGUGCCACCAUGAAGGGGGACCAAGAAGGCCAACCCUCAGGAUGGUCCUCCCGGCUGGCUGCUGCUGUGAAUCCUGUCCUCUGAUUCUCCUGACCCUUCUGGAAACCUCUGUAUACCCAACCCUCUUGUGAGGCUGGCUCAUGGCAUCGGAUGUUCACAUCUACAGAGCAUUCUUCUCCAAGACUUGCAGUCGGCCUCCCUCUCGGGGCAGGAGGAGGAGGCAGAUGCCAGGCUGAGCACAGGGAUGGCAAAAGAGCCUGGGAAACUGGGUCAGUUUCCUCACCGGUACUAGAAACGCCAGCUAGCAGGCUCAGCUGAGGUGGCAGGAGCACCAGCGUUACGUAUUUCCAGGGACUAUAGACUCAAACUUUUGACUAAUAUCUCCUCUUUAAAUUCUGGUCACAACUCUGGAGUCUGGACCAACUCAGGAAAAUCUUGGCUUAACCUUGGCCAACUUUGGUUCCUUCCGCUGAGCACCCUCGAGUCCCUGCAUGAAGCUGGGCCUUCCCAUUUUCUUUUUCCACUUUUUUAAAAAUUGAAAAAAAAUUUCUAGCUUUAUUGAGAUAUAAUUUUUAAUCAUGUAGAGGGUUUCAUUUUCCAAAUCAUUCCCUUCACCUCAUAUUUUUAAUAGUUUGUUGAUUUCUUUUUUAAAAAAGACAGGAAGGAAGAGGGAGAGAGAGAUAUAAACAUCAAUGAUGAGAGAGAAUCAUUGAUUGGCUGCCUCCUGUACACCCCGUACUGGGGAUCAGGCCCACAACCCAGGCAUGUGUCUUUGCCCGGGGAAUUGAACCGGCUACCUCCUGCUGCACCGGACAAUACCCAACCAACUGAGCCACACUAGCCAGGGCUUUACCUCAAUUUUUAGAGGAAAUAGACUACACAUCCCAUUGCCUUACUUAUUUUCUCAGGGUAGCAAGAGAGAAAUGGAACAAAAUGGAAAGCCAGCCUUCUAUUUUAGUGAGUAGUAUCUCACCCUACUCACAACCCAUAACCUUGUUAUAAUGUCACAUCUUAUAAUGCAUUAUUAGGAUGGUGUAAAAUAAGAUGUUUCGAUUGGAUAUUUCCUCAAGUUUCUUCCAACUCUCCCAUUUUAUUACCUAAGAAGUAAUGGAAGUGACUUCAAUUAUACAUAUGCUACGUUUCACUAUAGAUUAAGGCACGAGGGAAUGUGGGACUUGAUUGAAUUUGAUACAUAGAUGCAGAAAAACCACGCUCUGAUAAACCCUCUACCUGAAAUUAUAGGUCUCUCUCUGGUCUCCCUGCUCUCCUGUGCUGCAGCCCUGGGUGACCUGCUGCUUGCCUCAAGUGCUGAAGUCACCAAGAAGAGGUAGAGAGAUGACCUAAUCUGUGAGCCAAUUGACCCACGAAGUCAGGUUAUUGGUUUCUGUUCUAAAGCAUCCACAGGGCAUCUGGUGACAAAAAUGCCCUUUUCAUCCAUAGCAAGUAGACUUUUUUUUUUUUUAAUCCUUUUUAUUAAGGAAAUUUUUAAAUAGUAAAAAGUAGAGCAAAUGGUAUUAUGAAUCCCCAUGUACCUGCCUAUCAUCCAGCUUCAACAUUAAUGUUCUGUCAGUCUUGUUUCAUCUAUAUUUCCUCCAGGACAUUUUUUGGGGGUGGGGUGGGAUACUUGAAAGCACAUUCUAGACAUCACACAUUCAUUCAUAAAUACUUUAAUGUGUGUAUCUAAA